AUGGGUUGUUUUGUUUAUACCAAAACGCUUGGCCGCGGACAGUGUGGCUUCAUAUAUACUUGUUGUAAUCCUUCCUUGCGACAAUGCAUUGUAUUACCUCCUAGUAAGGAUUUUGGGUAUGGUCGUUUUACUUGCGCUUUAGGGUUUGGGUAUGAUUCCGUGAGUCAGGAUUACAAAGUUGCCCGUGUACAUCACUUCCCUUCAUCACCCUAUAAAUUUGAGGUUCCAAAAUACGUUGCCAUUCGGCAUACUACGCUGAGAUGGUACAAAGGUUGCAUCUCCUUGCUCGGGGUCUCGAUGUUGAAACCUGAUUAUCAGUUUGAGCUUUGGUCGAUGAUGGAUGAUUCGCCUUCGACGUGGGUAAAGCGAUUCGCCAUACCGAGUGAUUUCGGUUUCCAGCCUGUCUAUAGUUUCACUGAUGUCACUGUAAGUGGGAAGAUUUUAGGGCUCAUUGAUGUGAAGCCGCUGAACCAUCUCCCUUGCAGCCUUGCAGUUUUCGAUCUCGAGACGGGACGAGUAGAAGUGGUGGUUGAAGGUAAAGCGCAUCCCACAUACGAGUACUUUUUAGUAGACAAUUAUGUGGAAAGCUUGGUUUCAGUUGUUGCUAACAUUGUUCGUCGUAUUAGUUGUUUUGGCUUAACUCGUCGCUGUUCGAUAGUACCUAGAGUUUAA